UUCCUACGGACCUAAUUAACGUCGAAACAAUUAAAAGUCAUGCAAUGCACUGUGAUAUUAUAAUGAUUUUAUUUUAGCGUUCGGUGAUUAUAAUUACGUUGUUUUAAUUAAAUUUAGGGGGACUUUCAAAACAUUGAAGUUUUACCAUUUCCUGUAUACGAAUUUAAGUGGCGUUACUAUAUUUAUUAUAGCUUUAUCUCUUUUCCUGUAUAACUUAAUUUCGGCCUAAAUUCUCUGUUUCAGAACAAAAGUACGGAAUCCGAGGUAUCAUGGUGUUGUCCAUUUAUUAAGGUAGCUAAAUUAGCGUUCAUAAAACAAGAUACUUAUGAUACUAAAAAAAGGACUGAUUUGACUAAGCACAAGACACUAUAGCCAUUCAUGAGAUGAGGACACAGAAUACUUUAUGUUGGCGUUACUGGUUAAUAUUAUACACAUUUAUCUUCUCAGACGGUGUUGUUGCGUGUCUUAUAAAAUGAAGUAUAAUAAUUUGAUAUAUAAUACUACUUUGUGGUUUGUAUAAUACGCCUUUGUUUGUAAAAUUAAAAAAUCCUUCCAUGAAUGAUGAACUCGAGACCAAACUCACAUGACCGCCCCCCCCCCCCAAACACUGCUACGUCAUCACCCUGCGUCCGCAGUCGACUUUACGGUUUUCCGCUGCACAGAAAGCAGAAGGCGCUUGUAUACUGUAAUAACCUUUAUUUGAUUGUAUCUGACCGAUUCGCAUUUCGGGAGCACUGAUAAAACCAAACCUCUGUGAUUUUAUAUAGGCAUUAUACAGAUACUGCUUUGCCAUCUUCGUUGCUUUUGGCCACCCUGCACUGAUAUCGGCGGAAGCCGGGCACGAAGAUGGACUCCAGCGUGUCUUUCUUAAAGUACGAGCUGGCCGCCACCAUCGAGCAGGCGGUGCGCUGCGCCGUGGAGGCCGUGCUGCGGGAAGCGGCCCGGGUGGUGGGAGCCAAGUUGUCCGCAGCGCAUUCGGCGGCCGCCGAGUCGCACCGGGAGAACCAGAGUCUGCGGGAGCGCUUGGAAAUCUCUGAGAGCGAGCUGAAGGCCGUGCGCUACUACAUGUCGGCGGCCGAGAAGAACAUCAAGCAGUGCUUGCUGCUUAACCAGAACCAGCCCGUCACCGAUGUGGUGAACCAGCGUCCCGACGACACGCAGUUCCUCCUGCCCCAUACCGACGCCUUGACCAGCCCCCUGGGCCGCGGCGCCUCCCGCGGUCCGCUAAGGUCGUUCAGAGCCUCGUCGGGCCGGCCGCAGUUUUCUUCCAAGUCCUUCCCCAGCGUGGGGCUCUGCGUGCCCACGGUGCAGUCUGACCUCGCCAGGGGUGGCGUGAACCGCAGAAGGGUCCGGUGCGUGUCCUCCGCUAGCCUUCCGCACUCGCAGCAUCGGCGAGCCGUGCACGCCCCCGAGCUGCAGACGGAGCACAUGCUGGUGACGGCCGACAGUGCCGACAGUCACAUCUAUAUUACAGAUGAGGGGGUCGCAGAUAAAGAAUACUCUGGCCGCCUGACGGAAGAUGACCCCGGGAAAGUUCACCAAGGCCUGGAAGCAGCUUCUUUGCAACAGGAGGAGCCCGAAAUGGCCAAAUUCGAAUUUGAGGUGGGGGCUGCGGCUGGGGAUGUGAACGAGCUGGGACUUAUCAGAGUGCUGGAGGAUGGCGAGGAGCUGAAGGAGGGGACUGUGAAAAUCGAGGACGACGCAGAGGGCCCUAUCACAGAGCCCCUCAUCUCUGAGCCUGUGGUACCACCACAGCUGACACAGUCGCCCCCUGUGGUCAGUGGUGGUAUCGUGGGUAUAGGCUUCCCUCCCAUAUCCUUGGACGGCCCAGAACUGGCCGUAGCUCCGCUGCCGCCGGGCGACAGCGCUGACAAGGUGCACCGCUGCAACGUGUGCGGCCGCGGCUUCCGCCGCUUCUACUGCCUGAAGACGCACCAGCGCAUCCACACGGGCGAGCGGCCCUACCCCUGCCGCUACUGCGAGAAGCGCUUCCGCCACCUGGACAGCCUGCACAAGCACCAGCGCAUCCACACGGGCGAGCGUCCCUACCGCUGCGCGCAGUGUGGCUGCUGCUUCCGUGAGCUUGGCCAGCUCAAGAAGCACCGGCUGACCCAUGCGGGGGCGCCGCCGGCUCCCCCCCACCCCGGCCCCGCCCUGCUUGGGCCUGGGACCCCCUUCGGCUGGUCCCACGUCGGCUCGCAGUCCCUGGAUUCCAACUGAGAUUGUGAUCCAGUGCAGGAGAGCAGAGGGAAAAUGCAGAAAUUGCAUGCAGGCUAACAUGCUGAACUCUCCUGCUGCAGCGUGCAAUUUUACGUUGCUUUUUUCUGCCCAUGAACAGCUGAAUUUAGAAUUAGUAUGGUGCUUAACUUUUUAUUCUGUGUUUUGUCCCCUCUCCCAAGGUCUGUUUUAUUAAACAUUGAAAGAGAUACAGUAAAAGUAUACAGGACAAAGGAAAUUUUUUUUGGUCAUGUGCUGUAUGUUUAUUACAUCUUUCGCUGUACCUGCUGUGUGUGAUGAUGAUACAGGUAGGCUAUUCUGUACUCUUUUCUCUUGCACCAGAGGACAACUCUUCAUGUCUAAAAUGUGGAUGAAUUUCCCUCUGGGAUCAAUAAAGUUCAUCUUAUCUUAC